AUGGGCAGCAUCGCAAUAGAAAAGAAGACUCUGAGUAAACCGGCCGCCGGGGUGCCUUUCUACACCCCUGCACAGGAGCCGCCGGCGGGGACCGCUCUGAAGAACCAGGAUGCCGUCCCAACCCUGUUCAAGCCUCUCAAGAUCCGGGGCGUCGAGCUCUCCAAUCGCUUUGGCGUCUCGCCCAUGUGCACCUACUCUGCCGACUAUGGCCACCUCACCGACUUCCACCUGGUCCAUCUCGGGCAGUUCGCCCUGCACGGCACAGCCCUGACCAUCGUCGAGGCCACGUCCGUCACCCCCAACGGGCGCAUCUCGCCCGAGGACAGCGGCCUGUGGCAGGACAGCCAGAUCGCACCCCUGAGACGCAUCGUCGACUUCGUCCACAGCCAGGGCCAAAAGAUCGGCAUCCAGCUCGCCCACGCCGGCCGCAAGGCCAGCACGAAGGCUCCGUGGCACGACUCUUCAACCCCUAGCGGAGAGUACAAGGCGAGGGAGGGUGACCAGGUCGUCGGUCCCGAGUUUGGCGGCUGGCCGGAUGACGUCUGGGCCCCGAGCGCGAUCCCGUUCUCGGAGGACUUUCCGAACCCCAAGGAGAUGACCAUCGAGGAGAUUGAGGGACUAGUUGCUAGCUUCGCUGACGCCGCAAAACGUGCCGUCCAAGCCGGCGUCGACAUCAUCGAGAUCCACGGCGCUCACGGUUACCUAAUCACCGAGUUCCUUUCGCCGCUAUCAAACAAACGGACAGACAAGUACGGCGGCAGCUUCGAGAACCGCAUCCGGGUCCUCGUAGACGUGAUCAAGGCCGUUCGGGCAGUGAUUCCCGAGCAAAUGCCCCUCUUCGUCCGAAUCUCGGCGACCGAGUGGAUGGAGUACGCCGGCGAGCCGAGCUGGGAUCUCGAGCAGAGCACACAGCUCGCCAAGCUCCUCCCGGACCUGGGCGUAGAUCUGCUCGACGUCAGCUCGGGUGGAAACACGGUGACGCAAAAGAUCGAGCUCACGCCGUACUACCAGAUCGACCUCGCGGCCAAGAUCCGCGAGGCCGUUGGCGACAGGCUGCUCAUCGCCGCGGUCGGCAACAUCAACACGGCCGACAUUGCGCACGAUGUCGUGGAGGAGAAGGGCACCGCGAAGGUGGGUGAUGCCAAACAGACUCACGACACGAUCGAGGUUGUGAGCGAGUCACAUGGCGGCAAGACCAAGGCGGACCUGGUCCUCAUUGCUCGCCAGUACCUGCGUGAGCCCGAGUUCGUGUUCAGGACGGCGCACAACCUCGGCGUCAAUGUGCAGUGGCCGCACCAGUAUCACAGGGCAGUUUGGCGCAAGGGUACAAGGAUUUAG